AUGGACGUCGCCGCCGCGCGUGUCCUGCGCCUCUUGUGGAUGAUGCCGCAGAUGAACCACCCGACUUUCUUAUAUUCUCCGUAUCAAUUAAACGGUUCCAUCUGUGAUGUUUCUGAAAUAAUACCAAGUCUCUGUUACUACCAAUUCCUUUUGGGGCUGAAUAGCAUGGCCGAUGGGGGUAUUGUGGUAGCCAUUUGCCAAUAUGGUGGAGAAUUCACUUCUGGCCCCAAUGGUAAUUUGACAUACAAAGGAGGCGAGGCACAUGCUGUUGAUGUUGCUCGUGAUAUGCCACUGGAGAGCUUCAAGGAUGAGGUGUCCAAGGUGUUCCAUGUUGAUGUGACUGACAUGUCAUUGAAAUACUUCCUUCCAAAUAAUUACAGAACACUCAUCACAAUAUCAUGUGAUCGAGAUUUACAAAGGAUGGUUGAUUUUACUACCAGUGCCGCGCAAGUGGAAGUUUUCUUGAUUAGUAGAGUAGAAAACAGGAGUAUUGUUACCUACUCUGGAGCUUCUGCAAUUAAGCCUGGCUCUAAUGCUCCUGGUGACAAAAGGAAAAGGCCACCUUCCAAAAACAAGGUAUCUAAAAGUAACAAGAAGACUCCGACUCCCAGUGCUCCUGGCACUUCAGUCCAACCUAGUGCCAAUAAUGUGAAACAGCCAAGACCAAUUGUUACUGCAAACGAUGUCAACAGGGUUUUCCAACUGGAAUUUGGAAGCGAUGUUGCCUUUGCCACCCCAGCUGGAGGUGCUUCCACCGUGCCAGGCAUUCUGGAUCAGCAAAAUCUUGCUCUUGUUGAUAGUGCACCUCGGGAACCAAUUGGCCUUUUUGAUGAUUCAGGUGACCCAUAUGUUGGUUCUGAGAUCACUGCAGAUCCUCAGCAUGGACUUGACAAUCCUGUUAUGUUUUGGGAUGACAUUAUCAAAGGUGUUGGUCAAGAGUUUGAUAAUGUGAAGGAUUUCCGUGCUCAAUUGUGCAAAUAUGCCAUUGGGAAAGGAUUUGCGUACCGGUUCAUUAAAAAUGAAACUACUCGUGUCACGGUAAAAUGUGUUGCGGAGGGCUGCACGUGGCGAUUGCAUGCAUCCGAGUCAUCUCGUAACAAGAAGUUUGUAAUCAAGAAAAUGACAGAUGAGCAUACAUGUGGAGGAGGAAAUGGAGAAGGCCAGCGUCGAGCGACAAGACAAUGGCUGACCACCGUUAUUAAGGAGAAGCUGCAUGAUAAUCCGAUGUUGAAGCCAAAGGACCUUGUCAAGGAAAUAUAUGAACAAUAUGGAGUUACACUGACCUAUUCACAGGUCUGGCGAGGUAAAGAAGUAGCGCAGAAGGAACUGUAUCAUGCUAUCAGGGAGACUUACAGCCAUUUGCCCUGGUAUUGUGAGAGGCUUACAGAGUCCAACCCAGGAAGUAUUGCUUUGUUAUCUCCAAUGGUGGAUACAAAAUUCCGUCGCUUUUUUGUUGCAUUUCAUGCUUCUUUGCAUGGUUUUGUAAAUGGGUGCAGGCCCCUAUUGUUUCUUGAUAAGGUUCCACUGAAAGCAACAAAUGAGUACAAGUUGCUGGUGGCCGCUGCAGUCGAUGCAGAUGAUGGUGUCUUUCCAGUGGCAUUUAGUGUGGUUGAGGAUGAAAACUAUGAAAGCUGGGUUUGGUUCUUGAUGCAGCUGAAAUUUCCUAUCCAAAAUCAGAGCUACGCGUACAAUGCCAUGACAUUCUUGUCCAGUGGACAAAAGGGUCUGGAUGCUGCUGUUUCUCAAGUUUUUGGAGAUAGCCAUCAUGCCUUCUGUUUGCAUCAUAUCAUGGAGGAAUUCAAAGGAGAGCUGAGAAAGGGGCCAUGGUCACAACAAAUAAGAGAGGGGAUGAUUGAGGAUUUUACUCGUGCUGCUCAAGCGUGUAGUAUUGAGGAUUUUAAUGCGUCCAUUGAGAGCAUUAGGAAUAUAUCCACUGAAGCUGCUGAGUGGAUCAUAGCAAGCAAGCCUGAGCAUUGGUCCGAUGUCAUUUUCAGAGGUUGUCGAUAUGAUCAUUUCUCCUCAAACAUUGUUGAUGCCUUCAAUAACUGGAUACCAACCAAGAAGGAGGGUUCAAUUGUGCUGAUGAUUGACUCAUUGAGAACAAAAAUAAUGGAGAUAAUAGAAACAAGGCGUGAGGCUUGCAAGGCAUGGUCAGGACCUUUGACGCCUUCCAUGGAAUACAAAGCACAGGAGGAGAUGAUGAAGGCUGGUAAAAUGACUGUUCUGUGCUCUUCUGAAACUGUGUUUGAAGUGCGGGGCAAUGCAAUUUUUGUCGUUAAUCUUGCAAAUUGGGAAUGCACCUGCCGGAGGUGGCAACUUUCUGGCCUCCCAUGCUUGCAUGCUAUUGCUGUGUUCAACAGGAUUGGGCGAUCUUUCUAUGACUACUGCUCGAAGUUUUUCAGAAUAGAGAGCUACCAUAUGACUUAUUCAGGAACGAUCUUCCCAAUACCUGAUAUGGAUACUGUUGAUUUUAGUGCUGGGGCAAAUUUAAUUCCACCUCCCAAGCCACGAACAUCGGAUAAACCAAGAAGGAAGCGGUUUAACCCCAACAAGGUCCCCACGGUAAUACGGCUCUGCAGCAGGUGCAAGCAAGCAGGCCACAACAAGGCAACUUGUGAAGCUAUUUUGUAG